AAGUUAUAGCCUUGGCUGUGGAACGGUUUACAUAGCUUUGGCUGGAACCAUUCGUUCGUUUUGGAACUCACAGGACACAGAUAUUAAUAUUUCAAAUGAACGGAAAAAACAUCAGCUGGAGCUGAAGAGUGUUUUUAUACAAGAUACCGUUUUUAUAUACCUUGAGUUGAGCUGGAGGAUCCUCUGAUUGUCCUCAUCAGAUUUCAAGGAGGAAUUGCCUUGUAAAGAUGGGUAAGGAGAAGAAGCAUAAGAGGCACAAAUCUGAUAGAAGAGAGACAUAUGAAGAUCUGCCGGGCGGCCGUCCGCUGGCCGGGCCCAGCUCGGGGCUGCGCCUGGUACUGAAGGUAGGCGUCACGCCGGAGCACGAGCCGAGCCCGGCCACGCCGCCGCCGUCCGUGGUGGCGCCGCUCCGACUCAGCAUGGCCGCCAUCACGGAGGCCGAGACGCAUCGCAAGGAGAAGAAGCACAAGAAGAAAAAGAAAAAAGACAAGGAUCGCGACCGCGAACAUCGCGAGAGGCACAGGUCCAAGAAGGAGCGUCGUCACGCCGAGUCGGUCCACCCGGCCAGCACGGAGGACUCGGCCUCCCGCCUGAGCUCCAGCACAGAGCCGUUCAGCCAGAGCACCGCCUCGUCCCCGGAGCCGGCCUCCGUGCCGCCGCCGGCGCCGGCCGCCGAGACGGACCUGUGGCGGCCGCCGGGCCCGCUGUCGGAGCCGGCCUCCAGCCACCCGUCCGCUCACAGACACAGCAGCGAGCCCCGGCACGGAGAGGACCACCAGAUGGAGCGGGAGCUGCCACCGAGCGACGAUCAGGAGGGCGAGCUCGAGCCGGGGUACGAUGACACAGCAGAGGUGGGACCGCGCGGAUAUGAGCCCGGUCCAGAGGACGGGCUUGGCCGCAGUCACUCCGCCGGCCGCGAUCAUGAACUCAUUCACAGUCGCGCGCGCAGACACUCGUCAGGUCACGGAUACGACCGGAGCCAGGGGCACGGGCUCAGUCCGGGGUACGAUCGCAACCGAACACCGGACGAGCCGCCGUAUGAGCCUCCUCACCGCGGCGCCCAGUCGGACAGUGCUUACCCCUCCGAGGGCCACAGCUCAGCACCGUACGACGCGUCCGAGGCGGCGCCCUACCACCCCGGCUACCCCGCCGAUCACCCUCAGCAGGACCUCCAGCCGCCGAAGAACUCGCUGCAGAAGUUCCUCGAGUACCUGUUGCGGGGUCUGGAGAAGCGAGACACCCAGCGGUUCUUCCGCGCGCCGGUGACGGACCUGCAGGCGCCCGGCUACUCGAACGUGAUCCGCCACCCGAUGGACUUCAGCACCAUGCGCGAGAAGGUGCAGGCCAACAUGUACGCCACAGUGGCCGAGUUCCAGAACGACUUUCGUCUGAUGUGCACCAACGCCAUGGCCUACAACAGGUCGGAUACCAUCUACUUCAAGGCUGGCAAACGGCUGCUGCAUAUGGGAACGAAGAUGAUGAUGCCGGAGAAGCUGAUGAGCCUGCGCACCGUGGUGCCGGCCAUGCUGGACCUGGGCCCGGAGGUGCUGGGCUUCGAGGUGCUGCCGCCGCCGCUGCCGGCCUCGGCGGCGCCACAGGGCGCGCACAUCACCAGCCAGCACUUCAGCGCUCCUGAGCCGGUGGAUGAGGAGGCGGAGGCGGCGGCGAUCCUGAAGCAGGCUCAGGAGGCGGCUAGGAAGGCUGCAGAGAAGGUCGCCAAGAGCAAGAAGGCUCCUCAGCUGGGUUUCCUGCGGCGGCAGCCAGAUGGCAGCACGACCAUGUCGGUGCUCACGCCGGCGGCGGCGGCGGAGAGCGCCGAGGAGCCGCCGGACAAGACGUUCUCGCUGGGUGUGAUGACUGGUCGGUUUUCCCACGGCUCUCCGUACCUGGCCGGCUUCAGGGAGGACCGCAGAAACCGCGCCAAACCCGUGAGGCCGGUCAAUCAUGGCGCCUACGGCUCGUUCGGGCCCUGGUACGACUCUGGCUCGGCCACCAUCUCCAAGGAGGAGUCGGAACUGCUCGCACAGACCUACGGCGGUGAGACGGCGCAGCAGUACGCACAGAGUGUGCGCCAGUUCACCGAGGGCUGUCAGCUGGCCACACAGAUGGUGGAUAACCUGCUUGACAUCCUGACGGAGGGCCGGCACCGGCACGCCCGCUACCGAAUCGACCAGUUGCGCCACGUGGCCGGCGAGGAGCGCGCCGUCAACUUUGCGCUGGCCACGGCCGUGCCGACGCUGGCGGCGCCGCCCGGUCCGCCGGUCGACGUGGCUGCACUGCGCUCGCUGUCAGAGCUCGGCAUCGACGUGAGAUUCGUGGACGCCAUCGAGGAGGAGGAGCGCCGGUACAAGGACGCCCAGGCGCGGCUCCAGCAUACCUCCGAGAUGCUCGUCUCGCUCAGUGAGAUGCAAAGACGCCGCCUCAGCCGGGCGCCCGAGUCCGGACCGGCGGCGCCCUCACAGAAGGAGACUGAGCUAGCCGAGGCGCUGGCCAGCAGCCUGACAUGGAUGGUACGUCAGAACCCGCCGGGGGACGUGGCGGCGACGGGAGCGGUGCGAAAGGCGCUCGGCGUGGGCCCGGUCGCGGCGGCCAGUCCCGACAACCCGAGCAGCCAUGAGGAGGUGGACGUAGAAGCCGUGUCGGCGGCGGCGACCCCUGAGGUUCGGUAACUUUACCUGCACCACCCGGAACCGAAGACCUCUGCGGUGCAGUGACGUCACCCGCCAGGUAUGAAAUCACUUCUCUCCACCGUGCAUUAUCGUUUGGCAUCCGGUGGCCAGAGCUACUGCCUGCACUGCGAAUGGGCCAUGUUGCCAGGAGUCGUGAUAUUCCGGACUGAUAGUCGAUCUGGACGGUAUACGUACCGACGCGUCGGUAGAGCGUUAUCGCCAUGUCACGCCGGCGACCACCGGCAGCGGAAGGCCGUUUCUAUCUGACGCCCGCUGACGUCAUGGUCCUGCCUCCGGCACUGCGGCGGGGCUCACCGUGACGUGCUGUUGUCAUGGUAUCUGCAUCUGCAGGAGUGGCAGACUGUGGUGAGCUGAGGUUUUCAUAUGCCUGACGUGGUCCCACGUCGGUCCGUAAUGUACAAAAUGUGCAAAACGCUGUGAUGUGCCAGCAUGUGAUAGUGUGACUACGAGUGAUGUUUUGUUUUGAUAGGGCGGCUGUGCGCCGUGAUCUCUGCAGUACGGUGAACUAACCGUUUGUAUUUUCAUUGUUAUUUGUGCGUUUUUGUAGGUGAUAAGUGGUACAAGUACAGCCCACCGCUAAAGUAAUGUAGGGUUUUACCAAUCUCAACGGUUGGCUUUGACUGGCGAUUGUUUACUGCGGAGUGAUCGAAAAGAAGAUGUCAAUAGAUAAAGUUGCAGCUGCAAGGGUGACGAUACAUAUAAGCUACAUUCAAAGUUUCAUUGUAGUCUGGCUAAUCGUUCCUAAGCUUCAGAAGCAGAACAUACCCAUGACUGAAACCACACAUUACUUCUGCUGUGGACUGUACGUGAAUGAGAACGUUUCAUAAUAAAGUACUCAGGUUGCAUGGAUAGGUACUUUUGGGUGCGUUGAACCAAUGUGUAUAAUCCGAUACGUUUGGGA